UCAUGUAGAAAAUUUUCGCGGCACCUGGAACAAAAAAGCUAUUAUUUAGGUGCGACGAUACGAAACUCAUUUACCACCGGCAAUGGUGGAUUGUAUGUGCAUUCUGAAUUUCAUCAGGCAGAUAACAUUUGAUAACAGGCUGUUAUUGAGGGAAGGAAAUCAAGGCUGUGUCGGCUGGAGACGAACCGAAAAUGGUAAACGUGCAGGAUAGUCCGUGGGCACGGGGCCGUGUAUCACAAGCGCAGCUUGCAACGGAGUCUUCGAGUGGUACAUUGCAAAACCAUCAAGCCACUGACAAAGCUAUCGAGCUAUCUGCGCAAGAAAUCUUCGACUUCGAUUUGCUAGAAAGCACGCGAAAAAAACUACUACACGAACAUAAAUUAGAAAUGGAUGAAACAAAAGAAGAUAAGUAUCAUUCAGAUCGAAAUCAGCCGGUUCCAGCCGGUAGGAGCAGCAGAACUCGAGUACAAAGGAUCAGUACGUCGGCCAUUGAUAUAAGGGAACGUGUCCACGAAAAGAAGCGUGAGCUUGCCCUGCGUGGAAAGCCUGGCCACCAUUCUGCGCUGCAAAAUUCUACCACAGGUUCGACAGAUGACAAGCGAAAGAAUAUAUUAGACGAACCAAAAUUAACGAUGGACGGAAAACAAGUAGAGAAAAAUCAAACAGGACAAAGUCGGGCAUUUACUUCAGGUUCGCGGCAGAUGCUUCAGCAGCAACAGCAGCACUGCUUGAAUUUACCAUCAAUAACCUUUCGAAGCUGCAACGAUGUUGCUGUUCGGGGUAGCAACCGGGGAGCACGGAUCAGAACGUCGGCCAUUGAUGUCCGGGAAAGCUGCCACGCAAAAAUGCGAGAAAAGGAAUUAAUGCGAAUGCGUGAGAGAGAGCGCGAACAUCUCCGGCCGACGAUGACGAACCAGCAACAACAGCGGUGUAGCUGUUUGCUUCCAACAGUGUACCAAAGUGCGAACGCCAAUGCUGGUAGCGGUAACAGCCGAGGACGACGGAUCAGUACGUCGGCCAUUGAUCUACGGGAGAGCUACCACGCAAAAAUGCGAGAAAAGGAAUUCAUGCGAAUGCGUGAGAGAGAGCACGCUGUUCAAAUGUUCAGUGCGGUAUCUGCAGUAAGCCCGCGCCUACGCCCGACCAUGUUAUCAUUGCCAUACCGAAGUUCGGUAGAAACCAACAGGGGAGCUCGACAUCGUGAAAUCGCUCCUAUGCGAAAUAAGCCUCCUUCUCAAAUGCCAUACGGACGCCAUCGUCAUCGCCAACAACAACAGCAGAGUACCGGAAACCCGAUCAGGCCGAGAGCACUGGAGCAGCGUACCUACGUUCGUAGGCCAUACAUGAAUUGAGGAAGCGUUAGCGAUGGCAGGAUGUGUUGGGUCGAAAUCGAAUUAAAAAUCCCAAGGAUGUCCCAACUGGAUGAUCUUAUAAACAAGCGUGCUGUGAAUUGUACCUAAAUGUCUAGUAUUGGAGAUGGUGGUGACUAGCUGAUGCGAGAGAAUCUCAGCCAAACUUCCGCCCAGCACCGGCACCGUCAGUCACCGUCCACCUGAGUAGAAUCCGUAGGAACUGGAAUAAAUGAAAGAGCAACGAAUUUGUCAUAGUGACACAGGGCAGAGAUGGCACCAAAUUGGGUGGCAAAUCAGGGGUUCGACCUGAGCCACAUAAAAUCAAAGAGAUCAACGACGGCCUGGCUAGAGUACAAAAACAAGAAGAGGUUGCUGAGAUGUUCAAGGACGCUAGGUUGCCGGUGGAUAUAAUUCGAUACACCAUCGAGGGACGAGCUGCUCUCUAAGUUGAAGGCUGCUGGAAUCAAAGCAUAAGCAAAGCUGAGCGAUGAAUAUGAGAAGGAUAGGGAGGGCCAGUUUCAGUCCAGACUGUUGUCACUUACAUCCUUGUGAGUCUAUUGAAUGGUGACGAAUUGUUUAACGAAUUGUGGCGGACGAAUAUUUUUUUUAUUUAAUACUGACUUCCGAUAAAUUUUUGAAACAUGUAACUGAGUAAAAGCAACUCGAAACGAGUGAAGAAGAAGAAGAAAAUAAUAUCAACCUAAGGUGUUGAAAGGAAUAACAUGAAAAUGGCAUUGGAAUUACGCCAGAGAUGCGAAAGAAUUGAACUGUGAAGAAUUGAAUUGAAAUUGUCUUUAUGUUUGAAGUCUUUAAGUUGUAUUCUGAAAAUGAAUUUAAAUUUGAAUUAAUUAAUUUGUGAAGCACAUUUUCUCAUUGAACUCGUUUCAUGAGAUCCUAUCAAUUGAAAUGAAUGUGCAAAAUGUUAUUUACAAGACAGGAUGAUAAACUCAUCCAUCUUCAGGAUUCUGUCAAAUCACUUAUGUGAUAGACUAUUGAGACAUUGGUGUCCUUAUCAAUUU